UCUUUUUUUUCUUUUUUUAUUUAUUUAUUUUUUUAGUAGUAUGGCCCCUAGUUUGGAACAUAUCAUUACCGAGAUUCCUGUUAUUAAUCUUGAUGACAUGAACAAUGAUUUAGAAGGAACUGCUUCCAAAGUUCUCUCAGCGGCAAAGGAUGUUGGUUUUUUAUUCAUACGGAUCCCUCCAGAACAAAAGGAACAUUUGACUAUGUUUGAAAAGAGUCAGGAGUUUUUUUCUAUGCCUAUGGACCAAAAAUUGAAAUAUUUACGUGAUAUCAAUACAAAUGUUGGUUACAGCGCCAUACGCCAAGAAAAAGUGGAUCCUGAACAUAGUACUAAAGGGGAUUUAAAAGAAUCUUUUCAUAUUGGGCGUUUGGUCAAUGGGAAUCCUGUUCAAGACUUGCCUCCAGUGUUUGCAAAGAAUUUGGAUUUGAUUCGUCAGUUUCAAAACCUUUGCAAUACGAUUGCAUGCAAUAUCAUGGAAUGUUUGGCCAUAGCACUCAAAAUUCCUGAUGAUCAAGGCGGAAGAACCUACUUUUCUAAAAAGUACUUGGACGAUACAGAACCAAAUGAUGUUUUACGCGUGUUACAUUAUCCACCCAAAUCUGAAAACAAGGAGGAUCAAAAAGAAGAAAUACGUAUUGGAAGACAUUCUGAUUAUGGACUGAUCACACUUUUAUGGCAACGACAAGUGGGAGGACUUCAAAUUCAAAGCAAUCAAGAAAUGGAUGAUCCCAAGAAAAUGACAUGGGUAGAUGUACCGGUGAGAGAGGAUUGUAUUGUGGUUAACAUGGGGGAUUGUCUUCAAUAUUGGACUAACGGUUGUAUUCGGUCUACCAAACAUCGUGUUGUUUUUCGUCCUGACACUUUACAAACACCUCGGUAUAGCAUGGCUUACUUUGUUCAAGGUGGCGCUAUCGCAUUAGAUCCUGUGCCUAGUGAUCAAAUUCCUUCCAAUCCUACUACCUCCCUUCCUUUCCGUACAUCUGGUGAUUAUCUCAAACAUCGACUCUCUUUGACUUAUGGUGAUGCUUAUUAAUUCUUUCUGAUAGUUAUUGUUUUAUAUUAUUUUAUUCUUGUGAUUGGAUAGUAUAUAUGAUGAAGUUUAUUUUGAAAAUAAAAAUGAUAUCAUUGAAAUCUGGGCAAA